GGAGAGGGGGCAGGUCGCGAGGCAGGACCCGCCUGUGCGUUAGUGCGGGGGGGCCACGCGAGGCGCGCGGAGGCGAGCGGAGCUCCGCGAUCUUCUCUGACUCAUCGUUUGGAAAUAAAGCAUCCUUUUCUUUUUUUUCUUCUUCUUUUAACCCCUCCUCCUCCUCCUCCUCCUCCUCUCCGUCCGUCCCCUCCUCCCGCACCGCCGCUGGCACCGGGGAGGACAACACACUCGGGGUUUGACACACCACGUUUGGGGCUUCGCUUUUUUUUUUUUUUGCAAAAUGCGACACGCUUCCCCCCGCGAGCGGUUGUGUGGUGCGCACGUCGCAGCCAUCCUCCUCCGGCAGCUCCUCCGGCAGCAGAGGGUUGUUGUUGACCUGUGGAAGCUGUAAGUUUAGUCCGGCUGCCACUUUCUUCUCUCCACAUUCUUUUUAAAUUUAAAAAAAAAAAAAUUUGGGAUUUGCUCGUCGGUCUUCUUCACUGAGCGCGACGCGCUGUCAACGCGCAGCGCGACGGGCACGGCGACGGGGCAGGGACGGUCCUGUCACCCCGCGCUGCGAGCCGCCUGCCAGGGGGCACCGAGUGGGCAAACUACCGCUCCACUGUGAAACUACAUGUGCCUGGCUCCGGCUGCGGCUCCCGGUCAUCUCCUCACCUCUGGGACCGGCCAGCACCGAGGACGCCUCUGCACCCGCAGCUGACUGCGAUCAAGAUGGAGAGCGAGAAGAAGAGGAGAAAAUACUCGACGAGCAGCAAUGACUCCGACACCACCGACAGUCAGGUGACCUCGUGGUCCAGGUCAUCGAAGAAUACGGGCACCAGCAGCACAUGGGUUCGUCUUCAGCACAAGAAACCGUCAGAGGUGUUUCGUACCGACUUCAUCACGGCCAUGAAGCUGCCGGACUCGGCCCAGCUCGGCCCGGACGACUUCUACGUGCUCUCAGACCCCUGGAGACAAGAGUGGGAGAAGGGAGUGCAGGUGCCUGCCAACCUGGAGGCCAUACCUGAGCCCGUGGUCAGGUUGCCGCAGGAGUCGGCGAGCGGCGACACACUGGAGAGAGAGGGCGGCACGCGGCCCCCUCCCACCAAGCUCUACAGCUGCUACGACCUGGAUGAUCUGGACGUGGCUUGGCUGGAGCUGGUCAACCAGGAGUUCAAACAGAUGGCCUUACCCGAGCUGGAUGAGCUGACGAUGGAGUGUGUCCUGGUCGAGCUGGAGAGUGUGUGCGAGGAGAAGAUGCAACAGGCCAUCGAGAUGGAGGAAGGCCUCGGCAUCGAGUACGACGAGGACGUGGUGUGCGACGUCUGCCGGUCGCCGGAGGGAGAGGACGGCAACGAGAUGGUCUUCUGCGACAAGUGCAACGUCUGUGUUCAUCAGGCAUGUUAUGGGAUCCUUAAGGUACCCCAGGGGAACUGGCUUUGUCGGACAUGUGCUCUGGGUGUCCAGCCCAAAUGCCUGCUCUGCCCCAAGAGAGGGGGGGCCCUGAAGCCCACCCGCAGUGGAACAAAGUGGGUCCACGUCAGCUGUGCCUUAUGGAUCCCAGAGGUGAGUAUAGGCUGUCCAGAGAAGAUGGAGCCCAUUACCAAGGUGUCCCACAUCCCUGCUAGCCGCUGGGCGCUGUCCUGCAGCCUGUGCCGAGAACACACAGGAACUUGCAUACAGUGCUCCAUGCCCUCCUGUAUUGUGGCCUUCCAUGUGACAUGCGCCUUUGACCAUGGCCUGGAGAUGAGGACCAUCCUGGCAGAGAACGACGAGGUGCGCUUCAAGUCCUUCUGCCUGGAGCACAGCUGCACCGCCAGCAACAGCAGUGCGACGACAAACAACUCCUCCAGUUCAACUUACGUGAAUAACGGCAACCACACCACCAUCUCCACCACCAAUGGAACACACGGCACAUUCAGACCUGACCGGGCCACCGCCGGCGUCAGUUCUGAGCUCCGGCUGGACCAGCAGCACCAACCAAACGGCGGUAGCGAGCUGGACCCGAGGCCGGUUUUGUUCCCUGUUUCGGUGUCAGCUUCAGAGCGAGCGGAGCGGGACCAGCUGGAGAGGGACAAAGUGAGCCAGAGGAAACAGAAGCUCCAGGAGCUGGAGGACGAGUUUUACCGACUAGUAGACCCAAGGGAGGUGGCAGAAAACCUUGGUAUGCCCGUCACCCAGGUGGACUUUCUGUAUCAGUUCUGGAAGUUGAAGAGGAAGGGCAACUUUAAUCGACCUCUGGUGACCUUGAAGAGGGACGAGGUGGACAACCUGGCCCAGCAGGAGCAGGACGUCCUCUACAGACGCCUCAAACUCUUCACACACCUCCGACAAGACCUGGAGAGGGUGCGUAACCUGUGUUACAUGGUGACACGGAGGGAGAAGAUGAAACACACCCUGUGCGACCUCCAGGAGAAGAUCUUCCACCUGCAGAUACAACUACUGGAAGAGGACAUGGCUGGAGAGAAAACCCAGAAGGGAGAAAAGAGGAAGCAGAAUGGAGUGAAGGAGAAAGGGAAGGAGAGAAGGAAGAGUAGUCCUGAGAAGAAAAAGGAGAGAUGGAAGUCAGAGAACGGCUCCCUGCUUAAAGAGCUAGGUUUGUCAAAGUCCUUCCCGUUGGACAACUCUUUGUUCGACAGCUGGCUCGCCCAGUCUGUUCAGAUCACCGCUGAUGACAUGCUGAGCCAGUGGGCUCUGGGUGCCCAGCACGGGGACAAGAGCGGCAGCCUGCUCUCCGACCAGCUGCUGCAGGGCGAGGAGAGCCUGCUAAACCUUAUGAUGGAGAACUCCAUGCAGUCCACCUGGAAAACGCCCCAGCUGGGCCGCAGACGAGGGAGCAACAAGCUCCGUGCUCGUGGACAGCCCACCGCCCCUACCGAGCCCCCGGCACUCCUCUCAGCAGCAGCCGUCUCCACCGCCAGCAGUCCCUCCACGGCUAAAAGCCUCUGGGUGAGUGUGGCGGAGGAAAAGCCCAGCCACGUGAGCCGCAGAGGUGAAAGGUCCCGGGGCUCCUCCAAGGCCCUGCACCACCACCACCUCCAUCACCACCAGACCAGGAGCUCCGACCUGCAGGGGGACCCACCACCACAGCCCCCCAUCUCCAAAAUGGAUUCCUGUCACAUCUCUGAGGACCGCGGCCCCUGGGACAGCGUCACCGCAGGGAAUGGUGUUGCAUCAGGGGCUGGAUCUGUGUUCAUCGCAGGUUCAUCUCCACCUACCGCCUCCAGCCCUGGGGUCACAGUUCCCGACACGGGGACCAUCCGUUGUGGCGGGGCCCCGCGACCCCGUCUGCCCCGCCAGGGUAAGUCGAGGGGGAGGAGCGUGAACGGAGGUGGAGGCGUAGCGGGGCUUGAGUCCAUGCAACUGCCACUCACAGGAAAGAACACGUCCCUGCUGGAUGCCGCCGAGACUGACGGGUACUUCUCUGAUGGCGAGCAGAGUGACUCGGACACACGCUCUGGCGGACGCAGACUCCGCUUGCCACAGUUGCAUUCUGGGAACGAGGACCUGUUGAGAAGGAGCGUUCUCGCAUCCUAAAGAUCUGAGACGCAAAUCAACACACAGUUACCCAAGCAGAAUCCCGCUGGCUAAUUGUUUCCACAUCUGUGCCCAGUAUACCGUCUACAAAACCUGUUCUGAAUGGCUUCGUUCGACCACAUCCUUCUCACAUUUACCAAUCGGAAAUCACUUCAGCUCUUCACCUGCUUACUUUUGGGGGGGAAUUUGAAUGUAGCUUUUUUUGCGUGUCGUACAGUAGAGCUUCUCCGCCGGACCGCAGUUCGCUGUUGGAUAACCACAAGACACGGUGUAUCCAAUAAAUAGGAAACAAACAUUACCUUUAGUCUUUUUUUUGUUUUGUGUUACAGAUUUUUUUUUUUCUCUGGGUGUUGAAGUAACCUGUUCUGGCCUCAUGUCUGUGGUGUCUGUCAGAACAAACACUUUGGGGCAUUAUUAUUAUUAUUCAAGCUGUUUUCAGGGUCUCCUUCUUGUUUGGUCUUUGAUGGCCUGAGAUACAUCCGACAUCCGAAGUCCUCUUUUUUUCUUGAGUAUAUUCGAUGUGAAGACAACUUCACACCAGAGCUGUUUAAAGUGUGUGUGGGGAAGACAUGGGACAACAUGUAUUCAACCUUGAAAAGCACAAAUAGCUAGUCAUAAGAGCUGUAAUGUAAAGCACUCGUGUGUAUAAUAGAUGCUCACUCAAGGUUGGGGUCAAUUCCGAUUGACCUCAACCCUGGUGCUCAUUCAGAUUGUCACACGGAGACGCAAACUCAAAGACACACAGACAUACUGACACACAAACUACUAAAAGCAAAUCCCUUAUUUUUUUUUUUUUUUAGCCUGACUCUUUGGAGAAAAUUCAUAGUAGAAACUCUGUGCCUUCUGUCGCUCGCCCCGUGCCCCUGGCUCCCCUCAAACCCCCCACUCUCUCAAUCAACAAAUCAAUCAAUAAGUAGAUCAAUUAGUCAUUUGUUCAAUCGGACUCGUAACAAUCAAACCCAAAGCUAAUCCAGUCGGAUCGGUUGCCGAAUGCAACCAGCUCCUUGUCACCUUAACAAUUGUUUAGUGCCUGAAACAAGGAUGUAAACGCAGCGUUUGCCAUUAAUCAACGAGAGCUUCUGUGACAGUUAUCAGAGCAGAGCCACAACUGUACAAUCGGCGCAAAGAGCUGCUCAUUGUUCUAUGCCCCCAUAACCAGAUCACUGCAGGUCAGAGCCAUCAAUAAAAACAGAGCUUGGCCAGGUUUUCUUUCUUUUGACUGGUAGCAAAACUAAUUAUUGUCCAUGCAUGUGCCUCUUUCCUUCACCUGCUGUCAGUUCAAAUUCAAAUGGUAAAAAUGCCUAAAUUAGGGGCAAAAUUACAAAAAAAAAGUCUCCCAUUUGUAUCUGCUCACUUCAGAGUUUCCUAAUCUGCCAUUGAAAAACAAAACUGGAGAAAGUAUGUGACAAAAAAACGUUUCAACUCAAUUGAAGUUUAGUUUGAAGUUUUCCACUGACUUCACUGGUUGGGACACCAGGUUUCACAGUGCAGCUUUAAGGCAACAGGCAUCAAGAGAACUGAGUCACACUUCAGCUCAUCCUGUGUAUCCAUAUGAUUUAUAUUUUUUGAUAUAGCUUGAUUUUGAUAUGGCUUAUUCAGUCGAGCAUUGAGUGGUUUCAUGGCACAGAACGUUGCCGGCGCCACUUAUGUUUUUCUGACGUGGCCAAGCUCUCGUGACGGCGAUGGCUCUGCUGCUGAGCUCCUCCUCCCCGUUAGACGAAUGAUGACCAUGUAAUAAUCAGCUCCAGAGGCCUGCGCUCCUAAGUUCAUGAACUGAGUUGUUUGUAAAUUUGGUUUUUUUAAUAGCUUUUGUUUAUUCUCUCAGACAGUUGUAUUUUAUAUCUAAGCAGUCCAUGGUAUUCUCAGGGGUUAAAAAAGAAGAAUAAAAGGUUAAAAAAUUAUCAAAGAGGCGACGCAAGGCGUAGAUACAUAUAUAUAUAUAUACAUAUUUUAUGUCAUAUACUAUAUAUAUAUAUAUAUAUAUAUAUAUAUAUAUAUAUAUAUAUAUAUAUAUAAAGUGAUGUGUGUAUGUCUAGAAACUUCCUUGUUUGGCAAGCGUCACUGUUUGAACUCCUACAUGACUACUACUGAGCACGCUCCUUCUCCCAGUGUGACCGUCAGCCCUGGGUUCAGUAGUCUCAACCAACCGUUAAUGCUCACUUGGACUCGUCUGUUUUCACCAAAUGAACCAGACACAUCGGAUAAUAUUGACCUGGUGGUCAACUACAACCACAAGAGGGGACUGUCUUUUCACUCCUCUCACCUUUCUUGCAGCUGAGACUUGAGAAAAAAUUGGGUGAAAUCCUAAAUCACAAGUCAAUUUUAAGGGCUGCUCUACCCAGACAUUUAAAUAGAGGUGCAGGUCCAAUGAACCCCCCCGCCCCCCGUCGGACAGCCUCUACUCACCUGUCCUCUGAAGUGACCACGCCAAAGAACAGAUCUGUGUGUCAAAGCAGCAUUUUUACAUCGUAUCUGACACAAACACACGUCCGCGUGCUCUGUCUCUGGUUUUCAAGAUGAAGAAUGUUAGAUGCGAUGGAUGUCAGACAGCUCUGCCCAGCGCUGUCCGGGUCGCUCGGUUCAGUCCAGUUCCUUGACCCGGUUCACCCCGCUCCGGUACGGUUGGGUUUGAAACACUGUAAGCUCAGGCGCGGUGUUGUGGUGUUGUGUGGACCCCUUGACUGGCAUUUGGUGAUUCUGCUACACCACCAACAGUAGACCGACCCUGGAUUCUUCAACGAUCUGCAUUCGCAGUGGCUUCACAUAGGAAAAGCCUGGCGCCCCAGCGACGGGCUGGCAAUGGUCAUUAAAAAACAGACUUGCAUAUUAACCCCCUUAGAAAAAGCCAAAUGCUGCUGAACUGAACACACACCAUACAGCUUACACACAGACACACACACACACACACACACACACCAGAGCUGGUAUAACAGGGUUAUAAUGUACAAGAUGACUAGUUUUUUAAUGUAUAUCUGGUCCUGACUGCAUCAGGAAGUUUGAGCUAUCUCAGAGUGAAGCGCCCCCUAACAGCAGGAAAGUAUUAUUACAGGUGACAGCACUUUGUCCUUCAGGUGUAGCCAUCGCAGAAGAUUCACUCUGACAGUUUGCCACAAUUGUCUCUUUUUUGGCCACAGAGAGGCAAAUUUGUAAAAACCCUCUUUUGAGUGGCAGGGUUUUUUUUUUUAAAGUGUCAACUAUUGUCCAAAGCAAGCAAACAAUUUUUUUUUUUUAUAACAGCGUGAAUACAGGACAGGUGGAAGAUCUUUGAACUUCUACGUUGGCUAUUACAAUCCGCAUGGCAACUGAUCAUAACACAUACGACAACAAUAACCGCAACAACGCUCGUGAUUCAAAGUGGGGACGUGGUCUCGUGUCAUCACGUCCCACGGGAUCCUCCGCCCGGUGGUGAACACCGUUCACGUGUUAGUAAAACUGAGGAAAUGUAAUUUUGGUUUCAAUAUUCAAUGUUCAAAGUAGCCUGACUUUGUAGACAGCGUUAGUAGACAAGGCCUCACAUGUAUGGCCUUAACUUGUAGUAGUCAAUGCCAAGGCUGCACAGUGCUGGCAAAAAAAAAAAGACAAAAAAGACUUUCCUCUGCAGAAUGUUGUGUAGGUGGUUAGGUGAGCCAGACUUGCUGCUUCUAUAGAUCCUCUGUCGUUUGAAAGUCAGAGAACAGCAUUUUAGUUUCUUCUCUGGCAAAUUGCCAUUUUGAUAAUUACACUUCUGAAUUUUUUUUCCUAGAUAUUGUGCAGCCUUAGCAAACACAUACUGGUGAUUAUUCUGUAUUUACAGUGUGGCUUCAAUGCCCUCUCCUUCCGCUUCGUAGAUACUGUAGACUGGAGUUCUUUUUUUUUUAAUCAAUAUCUACUCGAACAACUUCAAAGCAUCACUGUCACUGUGUGGUACAACUUGUGUGGGUGUUGGCUCGCGGCCCGAAAUGUGUGGGGAUGAUCUUUGAAUUUUGCAACUCUGUCAGGUCGAAUAUCCACAGGAUAUCUGAUUGUAAAUUCGAUUUUUUUUCCCACAUUUAAACUGUAAUAUCAGUGCCAGUAUCAGCAGAAAAUCUGGCAACGUGUUGGAGGUUAUGUUCUCUGUGCCGCCCUCAAUUUAGAGUUUCAUAUUUAAGUUGGCAAUUCUCGAAGAUUUCAGUCUUCAUUGACUUCUGCAGUUGUUGGUGGUCGCAGCAAAUGAGGUUUUAGGUCGCCGGCGGCUCACUGUGGCUGCUCCGUCCUGCUCCAACGCUCUCCGCUAUAGUUGAAACUGAUGCGCUGUCAAAAACUGCCGAACAUGUUUUUGCAUUGUAGGUGCAUUUUUCAUGAAGUGUAUGCAGCAAGUGCUAAGUCCACUGAUGUACACGUUGCAUUUCCUGUCAUUUCUUCGUGAUAAGUCACUUUGUGUUUCACCAGUUAAAUCCUAUAUGGCAUAAAUCCAGACACCCAGUACAUAAUACUGCAAAUAUAUUAAUAUAACAACACUUUUGUGACCCCCACAGUCCUCAUUCUGCUAUAGACUUUUACAUAAAUGAAAAUCUUCGUGAUUGCCACUUUAAGUUUGUGAUGGAUAAAUAUGCGGCUGUACAGUUUUUCUGAGCGGUGAGCUGGCACGUGUCAGAAAUAAAACUCUCCCCCGGGUGUCGACACGAAUGUGACACCACAGAAAUAAGCUGGUGGGCUUUGUGCGUGUAAUGGCAGGUCAGGAACACGCCUACACGCGAUGAUGAGAUUCCUAGACUUCAGCAGAGAGCUGGUCAAAGGCCAGCGCUGAUUGCUGCAGGUAAUUGGAACUUGGCCCACAAUUCACGCAGCUGCUGGCUACGGCACGGACACCGUUGUAAAAUUCCUCUGAAAGACAUCAGCGCACCAGCAGGGCCGGGUUCCUCAGAACUUCCUCAGCUGUGCAAAGAUCACGUUUACAGCUUUUUCACAAGCAGAGAUGUCGGUCGGCUCUGUCCUCCAAUAAAACACAACAGAGUGUUUUUGUUGCACAAGACAAUUUUGUGCUUCACUUGAACAAAGGGGUAAAAGCUCAUCUUUAAAAUUCCAGUUGUUGAUCCUGAUGGAGGAACGGGUUUGAUUUCCUCUGUUUCAAUAUAAACCGUGAUGAUUGCACAGAUGCGGUUCUGGGGAAACAGAGGGGCAUCAGAACGCUGUUCAUACAAUUUCGCUCUUCCUCUGUUGUUGCCCCUUCUGCCGGUAAGAAAGUGGUUUGAGGCUGUCGUCAGGUCAGUGAAGUCAGGAUUGGGCAUUGGUUCAAAUUUGAAUUCAUUCCCCAACUCUCCUUGACUAGGGAUUUUAUAAAAAAAUGACCCCCGUAAAGUGAGCAUUUAUUUAAAGACCCAUGAGGACACAACGUAUAUGCCUAUGUGAAAGCAGUCAGUGUCUCUGUAAUGAAGGUGAGGACAGUGAAUGCUGUGUUACUGUUAAAAUGCAUAGAAUCUUGAUGAAAGCUGAAUUUAAUCAUGGUCCGUCUGAACCCAUUUGGAAGUUCAGACCUCGUCAUGUGAUCGAAUGAGACCCAGCGACUGCUUCGACCCUCGCUUCACUGACCUAUGGCAGCCUUACAAACCCGCCCACCCACCUACACACUGUACCUACUGCUGGAGUUUAAACACAUUUACAAUAAUGUAUAAUACUGUUCAAAUACUACUACUACUAGAGACAUUUUAAUUUUCCGUGUUUUGAAAAAGCCUUUGCAAGCUGUUUUUUUUUGCUUUGUUUUCUUUGUAAUGCUUUAGCUGGCCACCGUGGCUUGUAUCAAACUAGAAUGCUGACUCAUUAUCUGCUCUCUGUUUUUACUGGCGCUUUGCUCUCUGCUCUGUUACGGCAAAGUAAUGGCUUCAAGGUCUCAACGUCCACAACCCGUACACACUGCACUGAUCGGAGCUUUAGUCAUACACACGCUCCUCACAGCCGGAGCUACUGUGGAGGUGGAAACGAGCUCAAGGUAAACUGGUGGAGUCAAAGAAUCACAUAUUCAUUCAUAAUGUUCACUAACUGGUUUUCCUUUAUCAAUACGGGAGGUCAAUUAGACAAACGAAACUAGGAGUAUUACAACUACGAUAGUCGGUCAAUCUAUUUUGAUAGCUGAAUAACCUUUUUUGGGGGGGGCAAAUUGUAAAUAAUCUCGGGUUCCAGCUUCUCAGUCGUGAGGGUUGAAUGUUGCUCUUUGUGACAGAGAGCGCUAAAUGAUAUCCGCCGCCGCAGGAAAUAACAUCUGAGUUAUUUGCACUGUGUUAAGUGGUUCUAAAAGUGGGUCAAGCGGCAUCCUGUCAGCACCCCUGACGUGCAUGAGGGUGCGAGGGCCCAUUCAAUAAUGCUUGCAAAUUCAAUUUGUAUUAUUAUUAUUAUUAUUAUUAUUAAUGUUAUCCAACAAUCCAAAGACGUGCAGGUCAACCGGGAUUUGGCUCUUACCACUCCUCGACCCUUAGAGGAUAAGAGUUAUAGCUAAUGGAUGGAUACAAUCAUUGUCGUUAUUAUUAUUUGAUGACAGCAAAAGAGAGAAGAGGGAGACAGGUAAUGACACUGGUCAAAGGGUCCAGGGCGGGACGUGAAAGAAGAAUGUCGUGGGGUUCAUGUUUAUCCCUGAAAGUGGACCAUAGAUCAACAGUCGGUCCUUAACUAGUUACUGUUACUGCCUGCCAAUAUCUGAGAAAUCCAUAAAUCACAGUAAGCCUGCGAUGAGCCUGCCAAGGUUGCUGAUGAUUAAUCCUUUUUGUCUGUUAAAUGGGAAACACAUGUUUCGAGAGCCUUCUUCAAAUGUUUUGUUUCGAUCCAACCUGCAGUUCAAAAUGCAAACUGUGGGGUAAUAGCUGCAAAUGUUCAGAUUCGAGAAGCUGGAACCAGAGGAUAUCUUAUGAAUAUAUUUAUAAAGCUCUUCACUGAAAUUAUGAAUUAAUCAGUUAAUUGUUUUGCACGACUUUUCGGCCUCGUGGAAAGUGAGAUCUUUCCCACUCUGCAAAAGACCCAGCAGUGUUUCAUAGUCAUGAUUAAAUGUCCCCUUUGUAGUUUCAGUCCAACGUAACUUAAGAACUUUGUGUUUCUGACUCCACCCAUUGAGGUUCAACACAAUGAGUUGACCUCUGCCUCCAUAACAGAUUCGAGGAGUGUUUUUAAGACUAAAGCUCCCGUCUGCACAAACUGCGCACUGUACUCUGCCUCCACCAUCCAACCUCUUCCUCCCUCUUCCUCCUCCUCCCUGCCUGCUCCUGCUCCACCUCCCACCAGCAGCACCGUCCCUUCAGCUGCUCCACCCUCCUAUUGUGUCCCCUGUGCCCACAACUCCUCCCUGAUCCUCCGCUCCUGUCUGGCGAUCAGCCUUCUUGCCCUGCACGUGGCUCCUCUUGAAUCGCUUAUAAAAGCAUAGGACGAUCCACACACACCCAGACACACACACACACACACACACACACACACACACACACAGACACACACACUCAAAAGAGAGAAGAAGAAGAAGGAAAAAUGGAUGUCUGUAGCUUUAAGGACAAAUAAUGACAGGCAUGUGUUGUGCAAGUACGUGUGAGGAGGGGGGAACGUUGCUUUGCUCUGGCCUGGAGAGAGAGAGAGGAGAGAUGGAUAAAGAGAAAGAAAAAGAUUGGAGGAGGGAAACGUUUACUGAACCAGAGCCAGAGAGGCAGACAGGGAAAGAGUACAACUUGUUCUUUCCUUGCAGUGUGUUUGCAGCCUGUCCGCACAGUCAAGUUAACAAGCAGCGAACAUAAACAACAGGGCCCUUCCCUUCUCCCCGUCCUCUCGCCUCUUCCUCUCCAUCUCUUGCUCUUUUUCUCUCCGCUCUCUGUCUCUUCUUACUGCCAGGUCUCCAUCCAAGUAUUUCCUUCACAAUCCGUGACAAUGGAAUCGGCAAAGCGGAACAGAAUCGGGUAGAAUUAGCAUCAAAUGACACGAACAGCCCUCAGAGCAAUUCAGUCUUGUUAUAGAAUAUUUCAUUUUGACCAUGACUUCCAAUAUAAAUCACCCCCUGUGGUUAUUUAUGUGGUCGCUGUCAGCAGAUUCCAUGAAAAGACCAAAACCAACAAUGAAUUGAUCGCACUAACAGUGCGUAUCCAAAGGCUGGUGUAUCUUAUUUCUCUGUGCCAUAGAUCAUUACAUUGUCCAGAAACUAUUUAAAAGAAACGCACAUCGGGGGGUCACACUGUCGCUCUGGCCAACAUGUGGCCUCACUUACGUCAACGCAGACCUAGUCUGUUCUGAGUCAUUCCCACACAGAGCGCCCAGCUUCUGUAACAAAACAACUUUAUUAAUCCGCAGCUGAAAAUAGUCACCAACAAAGGCACAGUUUACCCAUGUUUGAGGAACGUUUGCGAUAAAAUGACAGUGCCCAGCUGGUUUAGGAAAUGACUUUUAAGAAGUGACUUUGUGUUUGUGACCUGUUUUAAGAUAUUGAUGCCAUCAGAAACAAAUGGAGUCGGGGUUGGGGCUGGGCAAUACGCCAAAUUCAUUUCAUACAAAUCUUUUGUAUUUGCAAAUUGCAUAAAAUGUCGAGAUUAGGUUUUUACAAUAUGCACAAACCUUUAUUAUGAUAGGUGGUGACAAUCACUGCCUUAGGUUCUUUCGAAAUUUUGCUUAGGGAAAAAAACUUUUACAUUUUUAAAUCAUUCUCAAGUUUGAAAAUGUCAUUUUUAGGGGUCAUAGCAAAUGUAAUGAUCAGCCAGCUAAACAUUUUAAAUGUUAACACAAUUUUGGAUUCUUAAUAAGUCAUCUGUCCAUAAUCAUGGAUUGUGAUUGUUGUAUGAUAUAUACAUAUUUUUUUGUCAUUCAAUAUGAAACCUGGAUGGAAACAUGGCUCAAGGCCCCUUUGGGGAUCCUCCCUCACAAUCUGAGCAAUUUAUUCAACCUCUGUUUACAUCUGGUUGUACCAUUAGGCUCCUGGGAGGUUCGGCCCACGUGUAUAUCGACGCAGACAAAUCGAGGUGGUGAAUGCGGCCGCGGCUCACUGAGGAUCCUUUUAGGCCAAAGCUGCCAAAGUCUCCCGCCGAUGGUCGGAACAACAUUUGGUCACAUUAAAUUGAAGUUCAGCUGGGCACUGUACACAAAGCAUAAAUACAACAAAAGGCCGUGGGUGGGAAUCUGUUUUAUGAGGGAAACAGUGAUUUCACCACGAGCACCGGACACACUGCACUCCCUGGUGUAAAUGUAAUCUGGAUAAAUCACGUCUAGACACAAUCUGGAUUUGAGAUUCAGGUGAAGGCCGUUUGUUCAGACGCCGCUCUGCACUGUGUCUCUGUCUCUGCUCUGUCUCUGCUUUAUUUCCUUCUCCCGAUUUGUUGUUUUCUUUUUUCCUCGCCGUUCUUGUCUGCUUUUGUAACGGGACUUCUUCAUCUCUCUCACACACUCAAAACAAACGUUUAAUUUCUUUCUUCCUUGGGGGCAAAUAUGUAGUUAUUAAUUUGCUUCCAUUAUCCAAUCUUUGAUACAGGGAAGCAAUAGGUGUUCUGGUUACUUAAAGUUGUGGAAAGGCAGCCCCCUAUUUAUGCUAUUAUUCAGAGAAUAGAUAGUGUGUGUGUGUGUGUGUGUGUGUGUGUGUGUGUGUGUGUGUGUGUGUGUGUGUGUGUGUGUGUGUGUGUGUGUGUGUGUGUGUGGUUACAGUGGGCUCAGGAAUGAGUGCGUGUACACUAGCAGGGAUCCUGGAUUAUGUGUUCUUGGCAAGAGAGACUCCGGGUUAAGGGGUCAGCUGUUCUCCCAGUUGGGCGACAGACCUUGUUCUCCUUCCGUCCAGAAGGAACUAGACCUGUCUCUCUCACUUGAGAUGUGUUCCAACGGAGCGCAAACUUAAGUGGAAAGACGCAAAAAAUGAAGACAUUUUGUGGUUAGUUGUGAGAUCAGUCACAGGGUGAGUAGCCACUGGAUAGAUGAUAACCUUUGUUUUGAGUGGUGGGAUAUGUUCAAUCAUAAUCAGUUACAGAGAAACUGUUAUCUUCUUAACGUUACUGCUCCACAGCUCCUGCUCGAUCUUGCGACAUUGUUUUCCAAACGCUCAUUGACAGUAAAACUUGAGGCCGGCGAUUAUCCACAAAGUUGACUGUUUUUUGAAAAGCGUCAUGGCUCACCGUGGACAAAGAGCUUAAACAGAUUCAUCCAGCUCAUUGUGGACGUACCGUUUAAGCAUUUCCCUCCUCGUUUUAUUUCCUCUUUUAUCGUUGUCGGCCCCUUUCUCUCGCUUGCUCUUUUUUUGUCUGUCGCACCCUCAGCUCCACUUCAUGUCUCCCUUUAUCUUUCCUCCCUCUCCUCCCAUCCUUCUGUGUAUCCCCCCCCAUGCAGUGCACAGCAGGCAGUUUCUGAGUCUACCUCCUCACCUGUGAUUCUCAAAGUUUUCUCCCUCAGGUUUAAGACACAUUAGGAAACAAGUAUUCGGUGUAGUUCUGGUUUUGCAAAACUUCAUCAUUCAACUUUUUCUACCUUCUCCUAUCGGGGCUCUUUUUUUAAAAUAAUAACCUGUUAUUGUUGUUGUCAAUGGAUUAAGCUGCUUCAUGUUUGAACAGUUUCUCUCCCUUCUCUCUGCUCUCGUGACAUUUUUAUAUAUUACUGGGUGUCAUUCUGCGUCGUACUGCUCAUAUUCAGGCAUUAUUUCAAUACCAAUCAGCAUCAUCCAAUCAGAGCCAAGCUGGACGCAGGCUUCUUCCCCUCCUCUUCCUCCUGUCUUGUUUGCUCCUUGUGAAAGGUGUUAAAAUCUCUGCUGCUCUGUCCGGUUUCUCCUCCACUCGCCAUCGGUUCUUCAGUACAAUAAUAUGAAUGUUGCAGGAGUUAAUCCUUCUGUAUUCUUUGUUUCAAAGAAUGUUGUGCCAUUUGUUAAUAGCAAAGAGAACUAUUGAACAUAUAUGAAAAAGAAGAGCUAUUUUAAAUUAUUUUUGGCUUUUUUUUUGCUAUAUUUAUUUUCUUGUAUUAGAAUCUUCUUCGUAGGAGGAAAAAAAAUCAAAAAAUGUAUUUUUCAUUAGUGCGAAAAACCUAUUUUCUUCCUUUUUGUACAAUUUCGAUGUUUUAAGCGAGACUUUGAAAAGCAAUAUGAUGAUGAUGACAAUGUUUCCUGUGACUGUAUCUGCAUGCUGUUUCUGUUGCCUUAAUGAUGGCUGCAUCCCACUAUGACCGCGCCCAACAACCCACCUGCCCACCCAACUCUGACCCCGCCCCCUCAACUCCCACCCUCAUCUAAUGGAGUCCUAUAGUCACAUCUGACCCCGCCCAUUCCAGUCCUGUGCAGUCAAUAAAGCAGUGCUUUCUGUGUACACGUA